AGCGCGUAUUUAGAGCCGCUCCAGCGUCGUCAAUGGCAGUCGAGUGUAGUUGAGGGGAUAAAAAAGCCCACGAAAAGCCAACUUCCACCCGCAACAUGCUUUCGACGUUCACUCCUCGACUGUGGAUUACAUUUUAUCUUCAUGUAUGCUGCUUUACGAGCACUGGGAUAGCACAAAAUGCGAAAGAAGUGAUCCUGCUGGACUCGAAAGCGCAGCAAACGGAGCUCGAGUGGAUCUCCUCACCUCCCAGCGGGUGGGAGGAGAUCAGUGGCCUAGAUGAGAACUACACUCCCAUCCGCACCUACCAAGUCUGCCAGGUCAUGGAGCCCAAUCAGAAUAACUGGUUGCGGACUAACUGGAUUGAGAAGGGCGAUGCCCAGAGGAUUUUUGUGGAACUGAAGUUCACCUUGAGGGAUUGUAACAGUCUGCCCGGUGUGGUGGGGACAUGCAAGGAGACUUUCAACUUGUACUACCAGGAAACUGAGUCCGAGGUCGGCAGGAAUAUACGAGAGAGCCAGUUCGUGAAAAUUGACACUAUUGCUGCUGAUGAAAGCUUCACCCAGGGGGACCUGGGAGAAAGGAAGAUGAAGCUGAAUACCGAAGUGCGCAUAAUUGGCCCCUUGUCCAGGCGAGGGUUCUACCUGGCCUUUCAGGAUGUGGGGGCCUGUAUUGCUCUGGUCUCUGUCAAAGUCUAUUACAAGAAGUGCUGGUCCAUCAUUGAGAACCUGGCCACGUUUCCCGACACCGUGACUGGAUCUGAGUUCUCGUCCCUCGUCGAAGUUGAAGGGAUGUGUGUGAGUGAUGCCGAGGAGGAAGCCGACAACUCUCCUAAGAUGCACUGCAGUGCUGAGGGGGAGUGGCUGGUGCCCAUUGGGAAAUGUAUCUGCAAGGCUGGAUUUCAACAGAAAGGUGACGCAUGCGAACCCUGUGGACGUGGGUUUUACAAGUCAUCCUCUCAGGACCUGCAGUGCUCCCGUUGCCCUGCGCACAGCUUCAAUGACAAGGAAGGCUCAUGGCGCUGUGACUGUGAAGACGGAUACUAUCGAGCCCCUUCAGACACACCCUCCACGGCCUGCACACGACCCCCCUCAGCGCCACAGAACCUGGUGUACAACAUCAAUCAGACGACAGUCACCCUGGAGUGGAACCCUCCGGCCGACACAGGUGGCCGCAAUGAUGUCACCUAUCGGGUUGUGUGCCGGCGUUGCAGCUGGGAUCCUGAGGAGUGUGUGCAAUGCGGUAGCAAUGUGGCCUACUCACCACAGCAGAGCGGACUGGUGGACACCUAUGUUACCAUCACCGACCUUCUGGCUCAUGCCAACUACACUUUUGAGGUGGAGGCUGUGAAUGGCGUCUCUGACCUGAGCCGCACGCAGCGUCUUUUUGCAGCUGUCAGCAUCGCCACUGGCCAAGCAGCACCCUCGCAAGUCAGCGAGGUCAUCAAAGAGAGGGUGCAGCAGAGAAGUGUCCAGCUUUCCUGGCAAGAGCCAGAGCAGCCCAACGGAGUCAUUACCGAGUAUGAGAUCAAGUAUUAUGAGAAGGACCAGAAGGAUCGUAUUUACUCCACUGUGAAAUCAAAGUCAACAUCUGCCACAGUGAACAACCUGAAGCCCAGCACGGCAUACGUGUUUCAGAUCCGAGCCUUCACAGCUGCCGGGUAUGGCACGUAUGGCCCGCGACUGGAGGUUACUACCAAGGAGGAGGCCACAGCCACCAUUCCGGUCUCCAGCGAACAAAACCCGGUCAUCAUCAUUGCUGUGGUGGCCGUGGCCGGAACCAUCAUCUUAGUAUUCAUGGUGUUUGGCUUCAUCAUUGGGAGAAGGUACGCUCUCGCGGGCCCCAUUGACUCUCCGCUCCUGCAUUGUGGCUACAGCAAGGCAGACCAGGAGGGAGACGAAGAGCUUUACUUCCAAUUUAAAUUUCCAGGCACCAAAACAUACAUCGACCCCGAAACCUAUGAAGACCCGAACCGAGCCGUCCAUCAGUUUGCCAAGGAGCUUGAUGCCUCCUGCAUCAAGAUAGAGCGAGUCAUCGGUGCAGGGGAGUUUGGAGAGGUCUGUAGCGGGCGGCUGAAGCUCCCCGGGAAAAGAGACGUGUCAGUGGCCAUCAAGACUUUGAAGGUGGGCUACACAGAGAAGCAGAGACGGGAUUUCCUAUGUGAGGCCAGCAUUAUGGGGCAGUUUGACCACCCCAAUGUGGUCCACCUCGAAGGGGUCGUGACCCGGGGAAAACCAGUGAUGAUUGUGAUUGAAUAUAUGGAGAAUGGUUCAUUAGAUGCAUUCCUUAGGAAACAUGAUGGUCAGUUCACAGUUAUUCAACUGGUGGGCAUGCUGCGAGGCAUUGCAGCUGGGAUGAGAUACCUCUCCGAUAUGGGAUACGUCCAUCGAGAUCUGGCAGCGCGUAACAUCCUUGUCAACAGCAAUCUCGUAUGUAAAGUGUCCGACUUUGGGCUGUCAAGAGUGAUAGACGACGAUCCUGAAGCUGUCUACACAACCACGGGUGGAAAAAUACCGGUUCGGUGGACAGCCCCGGAAGCCAUCCAGUACCGCAAGUUCACUUCAUCUAGUGAUGUAUGGAGUUAUGGAAUUGUCAUGUGGGAAGUUAUGUCCUACGGGGAGAGACCUUACUGGGACAUGUCAAAUCAAGAUGUAAUAAAGGCCAUUGAAGAAGGCUAUCGCCUGCCCGCACCCAUGGACUGUCCUCCAGGCCUGCACCAGCUGAUGCUGGACUGCUGGCAGAAGGAUCGUAGUGACCGACCCAAGUUUGAUCAGAUAGUAGGCAUCCUUGAUAAAAUGAUUCGUAACCCUAGCACUUUAAAAACCCCCGUGGGCACAUGCACAAGGCCGAUUAGUCCCCUUUUAGAUCAGAACACGCCAGACUUCACCACUUUCCGCUCUGUGGGGGACUGGUUGGAAGCCAUCAAGAUGGAGCGAUACAAAGACAACUUCACAGCAGCCGGGUACAGCUCGUUGGAGUCUGUAGCAAGGAUGACUAUCGAGGAUGUGAUGAGCUUGGGAAUCACUUUAGUAGGCCAUCAGAAGAAGAUCAUGAGCAGCAUACAGACUAUGAGGGCACAGAUGUUGCACCUUCACGGCACUGGUGUCCAGGUGUGACGCGAUGCCCCACCUGUGUGUCCCUGCACCUUGGGAGAGCAAGAACAAUGUCGGGCACUUAUCCUAGAACGCGUCCUUUCUGCCAGUCUGACUUGGAUUUUACAGACUAUUAACUCAUUCCCCUCGGCCACCUGAACAAGGAGGAUGAGACCUCAUGUAGUUCCUGCGCCGAGGAAGACAGAUACUACCUGGACACCCAGAAUUUUCAAAGCUCUGAGGAACUCUUAACUACAUAUCAGAAAGAGAUGGAGCAAUGGAAAAAAAUUUUAUGGCUUUUACUUUGCUCAUUUAUUGACUUUGUAAAUGAUUUUUUCUGGUUACCCUUAAUAUGGAUUUUUCACUUUUUUGUCCACACAGACUGUUUCCUUGCAGUGGUGAUUUCAGUACUAUUUUCAAUAUAGUUUUCCUCACUUGUGUCAAGCACAGUGAUAUGGUGUGGUAUGUAACCAUAACCUUUGAAUUUAUUUUGUCCAGUUUUUUUUCUUAAUUUGGACUUGAUGACAGGGUAAAGUCUACCAUCCACUAUGGGACGGGACUAUAUAUGGUGUGAAUAUAUAGGCGUUUAUGUAGGUACUAUGAGGAGGGUGUAAUAUGGCACUCCUGGUUGAGUUCAUUGUUUGCAGUGAGUUGUUUAUUUUUGCCCAUUAUUUCUUCUUAAAGGUGACAUUCUACACUGCAGCUGAGCUGUAUCAGGAACGAAAAGUCACGCAGCUGUAAAGCUGCUGCUUUACGGAAGCAUUUUGCUUAUUUGAUCACCAUUAGUUUUAAUUAAAGACAGUGAAACUUCUAAUGUUCUUGUGCCAAGACUGAAAAAAUAUAUAUUGCUACCAAGAAAAACACUUAAAUGCUAAAUUUUUCAUAUUUUGCCAAUAUAAACAUCAAAAGUAUACUUUCCUUUUAUUUGCUUCUUGAAUUAGUUUAACCUAAGGAUUUUUUUUUUAAUUCUCAUUUUGCUGAAUUAUAAAGCUCCACCAACAGCACUAAAGAAAGAUUGUAUUAAAUAAAAGGGUGAUUCAAUCUAGCGCAAAGGGUUUAGGCAUGGCGAUACAUUUUAAGAAAAAAAUCACUGA